CCACACCCAGUCCAGCCAUGAUGAAGCCCUCCGUCGCGGCGGCCCUCGUCGCUGCCCUGCUCGCGGCCGGCGUCGUGGAUGCCGAGCGUGCCGUGUUCGAGCCGACCAAGAUCACCGCGCCCUUCCUCGAGCAGUUCACCGCCGACUGGACGUCGCGCUGGUCCGCCUCGUCCGCCACCAAGGAGCAGGCGGCCGGCGAGGUCUUUUCCUACAGCGGCCAGUGGGCCGUCGAGGAGCCGACGGUCUUCCCGGGCAUCCCGGGCGACGCGGCCCUCGUCGCCAAGAGCAAGGCGGCGCAGCAUGCCAUCUCGGCGCCCUUUGCCGCGCCGAUUGAUGUGGCCGAGGCGAUGAAGCAGGGCAAGCCGCUCGUGGUGCAGUACGAGACCAAGAUGCAAAAGGGCCUCAGCUGCGGCGGCGCGUACCUCAAGCUCUUGACCGAGAGCCCCGAGGGCAUUCAGGCAAAGGAGUUUAGCGACAAGACGCCCUACACGAUCAUGUUCGGCCCCGACAAGUGCGGCAGCACCAACAAGGUGCACUUCAUCUUCCGGCACACACACCCCACGACGGGCGCCAUCGAGGAGAAGCACCUCGUCUCGCCGCCGUACCCCAAGAUCAGCAAGACGAGUGCGCUGUACACGCUCAUCGUGCGCGCCGACCAGACGUACGACAUCCUCAUCAACGGCGACUCGAAGAAGUCGGGCAGCCUGUUCGAGGACUUUGACCCGCCGGUGAACCCCGCCAAGGAGAUCGACGACCCCGACGACUCAAAGCCCGCCGACUGGGUCGACGCACAGCGCAUCCCCGACCCUGACGCGUCGAAGCCCGACGACUGGGACGAGGACGCACCGGCGGCGAUCCCCGACGACGACGCCGUCAAGCCCGAGGGCUGGCUCGACGACGAGCCCGACAUUGUGCCCGACGCCGACGCCGUCAAGCCCGAGGAGUGGGACGACGAGGAGGACGGCGCAUGGACGGCGCCGCUGGUGCCGAACCCCAAGUGCGCCGCCGCGCCGGGCUGCGGCGCGUGGGUGCGCCCAUCCAAGGCGAACCCGGCGUACAAGGGCAAGUGGAGCGCGCCGUACGUCGACAAUCCCGCGUUCAAGGGCGAGUGGGCGCCGCGCAAGAUUGUCAACCCCGACUACGCCGAGGACCUGACGCCGAGCCACUUUUCGAGCAUCGGCGGCAUUGGCUUUGAGCUGUGGACGAUGGACGAGGAUCUGGCGUUUGACAACAUCUACAUCGGCCACUCGGUGGAGGAGGCAAAGGCGCUGGCCGACGAGACGUGGGCGCGCAAGCUGCCCAUCGAGCAGGGCAAGGAGAAGAAGGAGGAGGAGAGCGCGGCGCAAAAGGCAAAGGAGGCGGCAAAGGAGGCGGCGGCGACGGCCGUGCCGCUCUUCGACACGCUGCGCGAGAAGCUCCUCGAAUUCGUCGGCGCGCUCGGCAACGACCCGCUCGGCGCGCUCAAGGCGCACCCGGACGUCGCCGGUGCCGUCGGCGCGCUCUUCGCCGGCCUCCUCGCCCUCAUCACGCUCGUGGCCGGCGUGGGCAGCAGCGCGCCGAAGCCCACCAAGGGCGCAAAGAAGACGGACGCGCCCAGCAAGGCCGUCAAGGCGACGGCCGUCGCGCCGGCGCCCGAGGCCAAGAAGCGCACGCCCGUCGCCGCCACCGUCGAGGACGAGUGAGCGCGCACAGGCGAUCGCCGAGGUGGCCCAUGUCGUCAUGUACCGCCGCAAUGAAACACAAAAGCUCUCUCGCAUGCGAUGCCCAUUAUGACUUGCCAUCUACCAACAUCAGCUGCGCCAGCAGUGCGCCUGCGCGUCGCAGCCGGCUGUUGUGCAGGGCAAAGUGGCGGCACUCGACGAGCAGUGCCUCGUCUGUGCGUGCCUCGAGCUCGUCUGCCUGCUGUGCGAGGCCG